CCUGCGAGGCCGAGAUGCGCUCGCCGCGCUUCUCCUGAGUCGCUCGCCUCGCGUCUGGGUCAAAUCGCGGGAAGUCGGCGGCGGUCGCGUGUCCUUGCUUUCAAUGGAUAUUAGAAAUUAUUUUGCCCGAGUUGGGGCAAAGAAGCCAGAGAAGCCAUCCACCCAAGGGAAAGAGGGCAAAAGAAAAGCUGUUGUCAUUGACUCAGAUGAAGAAGAUCCCCUUCCUUCCUCCAAUAAGAAGAGAGUUUUAGCUUCUGACUCUGAUGAUGAUAUCUUCUGUGAGACUAAAAGUAAAAAACAUAUCAAGAAAGAAGAGCCAGCAGCAUUACCCAAACCAACCACACCAAAAUUAAAACCUGUGGCUCCUUCAGAUUUUUUUGGAACUUCACCAUUGAUCAGAAAAGAGGACAGGAAACCAUCAUUAAAAAGAAAAAAAAGCAGAGACAGCAAUGUAGAGGAUAGCAGUGAUGAUGACUUUGAGAAAACUCUGGAGCAGCUUGACAGGCAGCAGCAGCAUGCAUCCAAGAGACCAAAACAGGAGACCAAGUCUCCCUCAGGGAAUGAGACAAAGCCAAAGCCAAAUGAAAAUAGCCCUCCAAAUAAGGACAGUUCAAAGGGAGGUCUAGCAAGUAAAUUGUUUGCUAAACUAAAAGAGAGCACUGACAUAAAAACAAUAAAGGAUGAGAAAACAACACCACAAAAAGAUGGCGGACAAAAAGAUAAGGAAAAAUUGCAUAGCCAUGAAAAGAAAAAUAAAUACAAAGCUGAAAAGCAUGAAGAUAUACAAUCUCCAAAUGUCAAGAAGGAAAAAAGAACUCCUGAGAAGGACAAGAAUGUAAUUACAGAGAAAAAGGAGAAAAGUCCCAAGAAGGAAAAAAUUACACCUAAAAAAGAGAAAGGCAAUCCAUCAGACACAGAAGCAUUAUCAGAAGUGAAAAGGAAAACCCCUAAAAAGAGUGAGACAAGUGAAAGUGAAGAAGUUGGAUCCACCCCCCAGACAGAGGAAAAGAAGAAAAAUUCAAAGGCAGCUUAUCUCAAGUUUUUGCAGAGAUCUGGGCCCAGUAAUCCAGGCAGCAAAGAGAUUCCAGAGGGGGAGCCAGACUGUCUGCAAGGCCUUGUGUUUGUGCUUAGUGGUGUAUAUGAAAGCCUGGAUAGGGAGGAAGCCUCAGAGUUAAUUAAGAGACAUGGUGGCAAAGUCACAACGUCUAUCAGCCGCAAUACAUCCUAUCUUGUCUUGGGUAAUGAAGCUGGGGAAAGCAAAAUAAAAAAGGCAGAACAAUUAGGCACAAAACGCUUGGAUGAAGAUGGAUUAUUAGACCUUAUUCGGACACGCCCAGGAAAAGGAUCUAAUGAGAAAACUUCCAAGGAAGGAACACCUAGCAAACUUAAAGCAUUUGCAAAAGAAAGUAAAGGAAGUACCCUUGAGAAAUCUUUGGUGAGCAGUCCAGUGUCAAAGAACCCAACUUCUAAAUCUGCAGCAAGUGCAUCUAAAACACCCAGUCCAGGAAGGCCUUUCUCUCAGAACACCCCUAGAUCACAGGCAAGUUGCAGUCCAUCCUCUACUAGCUCAUCCCCAAAGACUCAACCAUUAUCUUCUCAAGAGCUGAGUGGGAAAUCUGGGGAGACACUCAUGUGGGUGGACAAAUAUAAACCUGCUAGUCUUAAGAACAUUAUUGGACAGCAGUCAGAAAAGUCCAAUGUGAAGAAAUUACUUUUUUGGCUACAAAAUUGGCAUAAAAACCAGUUUGGGGACAAGAAACUACAAAGACCAAGUCCUUGGGCUAAAGAUGAUAAUGGUGCUUUUUUCAAAGCUGCCCUUUUAUCAGGCCCUCCAGGAGUUGGUAAAACAACAACAGCACACAUGGUCUGCAAAGAAGCAGGUUUUGACUUUAUUGAGCUCAAUGCAUCAGAUGCUCGCUCUAAGCGCACUUUGGAUGAAGUUGUUUCUGAGCUUCUUUCAAACAAAACUUUAGCUGGUUUCACUAAAAGCAAAGGCCAAAGCAAUACCAGUGCCAAACAUGCUUUAGUGAUGGAUGAGGUGGACGGCAUGUCUGGCAAUGAAGACAGAGGUGGAGUGCAGGAGCUGAUCACUCUCAUAAAGAAAUCAAAAAUACCAAUUAUAACAAUGUGUAAUGAUAGGAAUCACCCUAAAAUUCGUUCAUUAGCCAACCAUUGUUUUGACCUCAGAUUCUACAAACCAAGGAUUGAACAAAUUAGGGGGCCAAUGAUGUCUAUAUGCUUCCGUGAAGGUAUCCAGAUUAAACCUGAUGCCCUUGAUCAGAUAAUAAUUGGAUCAAACCAGGACAUAAGGCAGAUCCUUCACCAUCUUUCUAUGUGGUCAGCCAAUGAAAAAAAUCUGCAGGUUGAUGAUAUGAAACGAGAAGCAGAAAAAGCUAAGAAAGACAUGAAAAUGGGUCCAUGGGAUGUUUGUAAGAAAGUAUUUUCUGAGGCUGACCACAAAACAAUGAGUCUCUAUGAUAAGUCUGACCUGUUCUUCCAUGAUUAUUCCAUUGCACCCCUUUUUGUUCAAGAGAAUUAUCCAAAAGCUGUUCCACAUGUUGCCAGGGGUAAUCGCCGCACCACUUUGGAACAACUUGCUAAAACUGCAAGCAGUCUUGCAGAUGGAGACUUAGUAGAGAAAGCCAUAAGGUCUAAAAAUGCAUGGUCUCUCCUUCCUACUCAGGCAAUGUUCAGUAGUGUUUUGCCGGGAGAAUAUAUGUCUGGGCAUUUAGCUGGACAGAUUGAAUUCCCACGAUGGCUUGGCAACAACAGUCGUCGUAACAAAUUUGAUCGCAUCAUGCAAGAACUUCAGAUGCACAUGCGGCUUAAGGUUUCCGGUACUAAAUCAGAUGUUGGAAUGGACUAUUGUGGGCAUCUGAGAAAUACUGUGAUCAACCCCUUAAUCCGUCAUGGGCAAGAUGGUGUACAAGAUGCUGUAAAAGUUAUGACCACCUAUGACCUCCUGCGAGAGGACCUAGAGUCCUUGUUAGAACUUAGUCAGUGGCCAGGAAGCAAGGAUCCCAUGAGUAGGGUUGAUAGCAAGGUCAAAGCUGCCUUCACACGCCUCUAUAACAAGGAAAGCCAGCCAAGCCCAUAUGCUGCUGUACAAAUAUCCAAAAAGAAGGGAAAUAGGAGUGAUGACAUGUAUGAUGAAGAAGAAAUGGGGGAAGAUGAAGAGGACAAUGAUGAUGUAACUUCAGAUGCCAUGAUUAAGGUCAAGAAGGGUGGACAAAAGAAGGUGACAGAUGCUAGUAAAGUAAAAGGGAAAGGAUUACCCAGCAGUAGAGGAGGCAGUGGAAGAGGUAGAGGUAGAGGGAAGAAGUAAGAAGUAAGAUACAUUAUGGAUGAUGGAAGCAUGUUGUGUUUGCCUCAGUAUUACUGUAGGAUGUUACAGAUUUUUAUAUGGAUUCAUUAAAAUUCUCAUUAUUAUAGGCUUAAGAGAGUAUUGAAGCUGUAAUGAGAUGAGAGCCAUUUGUAUCUGCAGAAAAUAAUAUCAUAAAAAAGAGAAAUACUAGAUUUGGUGCAAUGCUUACAGAAGAUGAAACAAAUUGUUAACAAGACACAAUAUCUCAUUAACCUAAGUGAAGGUGCAAACAGGGGCAAACUAUUUGUGGAAAGUUUGUUUUGACAUCAAGUACAACAAAGUGUUUUGUAUAUUUACGAAGACAGUUGCAUAAAAAAAAGUGAUUUUUAGCUUCAGGAUGUCAUAAAUAAUAUCUGUAAUAUACUUCUUAUAGUUUAUUUAACUUGUUUUGUUGUCAGAUUGAUGAUACUGAAGCUGUGAACAUCUUCAAAAGCAUACCCCAUACUAAAUACAUACCAGGUUUUGUAGAAGUCUAUCAGUUAUCAUAACUUAAGUAAAUUAGCAGUUAAUUUCAAACCUAGAAACCAGAAGGUGGUAUGUAUUCAGUGGAACAUCCUAUUUUUUUCUUGAGAGAAAUCCAGUAAAACCUAUGGUGAAAACCAAUUCAGGGAGAUUUAGUGGAUUUCCACAAUAUUUAUAGUAUGUUGAUACAUUAGGUUGUGUACCAUUGUUUUUAUACAUAUAUAAAUAAAAGCUUCCUGUAUUUGAAAUUGUAAGUUGUUAUAAAAAAAAAAUAAUAAUAAUAUGUUUGAUGAUGAGGCUGAUUUAUUUAUUAGAUUAAUUAUACACACUGAAGACCUUUUGAAAGUGUAGCUACCAUGCAUGGAUCAUCUUUAGCAUUCAGAUUACCCUUAGCUCUCCAUCAUCAGUUCUGUGAUAGUAAUACAAACAUCAUGGUGAUGGCCAAAUAUUCUGAGUGAAAAAAUUUACUUGCAGUGGUAUUACUGAAAUAUAUUACUUCUUGGCCAGAGUAUCUGCUUCGAUGAAAGAAUGGAGUGGUUGUAAAGAUCAAGACUAUGUUCAAAUAUACCAUAACCUUUAUACAUCCCAUCUUUGUCAUGUGGUAUUUUUUUUAUAAAGAUGUAGUAUUUCAAA